ACAUAUCAUCUCUUCAGAGGCUCGUCUUCUACUCUAUAGAGAAAUGGAAAAGGCAUGCUAUUCCUCCGUCUCAAGAUUCAUUCACCACCGUCAGAUUCCCUCCUCUCCUAAUAAACCAAAAGCCUUUGCAAUUCCAUUUCUUCCUUCAACUUCCAAAAUCGAAGCUUCUUCAAGAAAAGAUGACUUCUCUCUGUAUACAAAGAAGAACACACGAAAGAGGCCGAGAACUCCCCGCCGUCUGAUUACCAUCUCAACGUCCGAUGGGAAAUGGCAUGGACAGUGGACAUACGAUUACAUUUUCUCACUCCGCGAGCUGCAGGUGGCCGAUUUGGCGGAGGAUGGACAGAAAGACGCGGAGGUUUCCAUUAGCCUAUCCAUAGACAAGCAUGCUGGCUUUGGUUUCUCUGUUGAUGGGAGAAUCAUCACAUCAUUUACUAGAAAAUGCUGUAAUUGCUCUGCAUCCUACUGCAGAGAGAUCGACACGACCUUUGACGUUUGGGUUCUACCAUCAAGCAAGGACAACCGUGAACUUCAGCUGCCUGAAAUUGGUGGCGAUGAUCCAUCAGUCAUCUAUGUGAAACCUGGGUCUGAAGCUGAUCUAGAUUCGCUAAUCCAAGACACGAUUCGACUUGCCAUCUCCGUGAAGGCAGAUACUUGCUCAGAGUCAUGCGAGAAAUCUCCACCCAGUUGGCACUAUAUUGGUGGAAAGGAAGCUUAUGUUGAUAAGAGGUGGUCUAGACUAAUGGAGUUAAGGAAUGUGAUCUAGAACAAGCAUGUUAUCAAUUACAAAACCAAACAAAAGAGCUACACGCCCAGUGGAAUGCAAGUCAGAUGAUGAGAAAUUACUCGGGACCGAAGAGGGUAGACACCGCCCCAGGAGCCACUCCUCUCUACUACAUGGCCAGCACCCAUUCUACUGUCUUCCCGUUUGCUCUUUGGAAAAACCGCUUCCAGAGAAUCUGAUUUUUUUUGUCAAAAGGUCUGCUCCCAUGUUUGGGCAGCUAUGAGCCAACAGAGCUCAACCAUCAGAAGAGUAGGCCAAAGGUUCCAUAUUUGAGAUUGAGGAAAGGGAAGGAGGACAAUGGGAGAGGGAGGUGGAAGUCACAGUUCUAAGAUCUUUAUUUGCACAUGACGCCUUGUACUGAAGUUUGAUGGGUUUCAAGUAAAGCUUAAGAAGGGCAAGAGUGAGAGCAGACAAAAACAUCCUCCGCUAUCUAGACAUAGUUGUACGGGAAAUGGUAUUUACAACUGACUGCUUUCACAUAGAAAGAGGGUUGUGGCCAUGAAAAUAAUUAUAUUGCCUGUUUGCAUAACAUGACCAAAUAGAUUGCAAUCACUGACAAUUUGCGACGGUAUGCAGACAUCUAGUCACUAUCGACGUGUAUACACCUUCAAAAACUUUUCAGUAAUUGCAAACAGCGCCUUCAGUCA